UUUAGUGUCAAGACAUAAAACUUAUUUAAAAUCUUGUUAACUUUCCUCAAGCUAAAUAAAUGUUUUCACAGUUUUCAAGUAGAGUGGUUACAAAGGCUUUAAGGAAUUAGUCGCCGAGAAAAUCUCUUGGUUUCAAAUGACAAAAUCCAACCCGAUGUAACAGUAUCAGAUUCUAAGUAUGUCAAGAUUUUAUUUUUUUUUCAUUGGCCUCGCUGAAAGAUUAUGGAGUGAUACUCAGACACACACAAAGAUUUUGAACAAGUAAAAAAAAAACACUGAAAAAAGCCAGGAAUACAUUAAAUAGUACACUGUUGGACUAACACACAGGUGGACAAUGGCCCUCGUGCAUGUUGCGAUUUCUGUGACUAGAAUUAAAUGCAGGAUUUUUUCCGCUUGACUGCCAGAGCAGUUGGAUUUUGUUUAUAAGGCCUUCGGAGGACUUUGGGAUAUUAAUGACUUGACAAAGCACCCCUGGGUGAAACAUUUCACUACAAUUAUAUCAAUGUCAUCCUCCCAUUGUCACAGUUUCUGCCAUCCUGGACCAGCUCAAAACAAACAGGCUGUGACCUUUAAAUGAAGAUUGACCUUGAGAUGACCUGAUGUCAUGGCACUGUUCACCUCAGUACUGGGGGUCAAGGACGUUUUUCUGCUGCUGCUGUUGAUAGGAAUUUCCUCCCUGUUACUGACCUACCACAUAGUGUUGUACCUCCCACACACUCCUGAAGGUCACACAGAGGUCAAGGGCAUCCAUUUUCUAAGGAUUCAUCAAAAUCAAUUUGCUAGAAAAAUGUCUAGUGAAGAUGGGCAGGACUUCCCAGAGAAGCUGAAUAACCAACAGCAGAAAGGGACAACUGCAUCUCAGAAGCUGGAUAUCUUAGACAAGAUUUUUAAGAUUGAGGAGAGGCUAGCGGAUGUAUCCAGGUUUCCUGCUCUUAUUGACGGGGAGGAAGACAACAGUACGCGAGUCCUGGAAGAGUUAUUACGUCACUUAGACUACAGAGUGAUCCACAGUGCUGAAAAUUUGGGAAAGAAAACACAGAAAUUGUCAAUGAUUUGGAAUGUAAAGGGACAUAACUCCACAACUGGAACAGAAAAUGAUUUAAAGAAGAUUAACUCCAUACAGAGCCUACAGCGUGUUGUGGCUGAUCCUUCUCUCCUCUGUCGUAUACAGAAAAUGCAGAAUGCAUUCUCUAAAGUGAGAGUAGGGGACAGAACUCUGUGCUAUGUCUCACCACACAGGAGUACUGAGAUGAAGGUUGACUCACACAAGAAAGAUCAGGACUAUGUGUACUUACACAAGGAUGACGGAAUCACUAUACAUAAACAACCAUUAACACUGAUGGAAAUGAUUACUGGGAAAGUAGAAUGGCGAGUUUCCCCUGGAGUGCUGACAUUAGAGGGUGCUCCUCUCUCCCUAAAUCUGGCUGUUCUUAUUACCUCCCUGUCCCCACUCAGGGCCUAUCUUCACUCCAGCUGUCAGGUGUUCACCCUCAGCCAAUCAAAUAGGAGUAAAAGGGAGGAUUUGACCACACUGUGGCACGUCCGUCAGAGUAUCCAGCAGAACUUUGAGGAGACGAUGGCCAGGCUCUGGUGGAAACAGCUGAGGAGGGGGGUGCUAAACGGACUCCUGACAGCGGAGCUAGGGGUAUGGACGUCAGGGGCAGAUAACCCCUGUAGAUGUAGCAGGUGCUUUCAGAGUCUGUCGGUGGAUUUGGUGUUUACCAAUGAAUUUCAGCCAGUCAUAUUAAAGAUUGAGUCAUUGGACUACAGAGCGAUGCCUCGGGACAUUAAGAAUGAUGUGGUUAUGCUGACGUCCUACAGAGAACCAGCAUUUGAGGAGGUCGUAAGAGUAGCUGGGAAUAUUCAACCCCAGAAAAUGCAUUGCAGAUCGGAGUUAUCUCCCUGCCUGCAAGAUUCGGACCUGACCUAUAUACUGGACACUAGGAGGGAACUGAGGGCCCCGGUAGAUUUCCUCAGACUGUACCCUUCAGUAUCAGAGGACUACAGUCAUAUGAUGGACUAUUUUCUCCAUUUAUUCUUCAUGGAUCAGAGAGGUUCUAAAUCUUCCAAUGUGACCAGACAGCCACCAAGCUGUCAUUUUACUCCGGAGGUACACCAAGUUAUAGAGGAAGCCGAGAGGAGUUAUCCACAGGGCUCUAAAGGGGGACAACUCAGGCCAAGUCAAAACAAACCAAUGUUUUUGUCCAGGAAACUUGAUGCCCAGUUUUCAGAAGAUAACAUUAUUAAUGAAGAAGAAGUGCCCACAUCUGGAAAGCUGACACCAAAUUGUAGCUCAGAUCCCAGAGAUUUGUCCCUGUUAUCCCACGUCUCUCUAUCCCCUCCCUCUAUCCAGCUGACCCCAGAGUUUGACCCUCAGCACACAUCAUACGAGGCCCAGACAGACUAUAACACCAUAGUCUUCUCUAUAACAGCCAUCACCAGGCAUUGUAACACCACGGCAAGAUUUCAUACAUCAGAUGGAGAUGACAGAUUUAUGAAUUACACCCUUGGUUUAGGAGAGAACAGAAUAAGAAUACAUGUAGUGAUGGCAUCACCGCCAGGACCACAGCCAAUCAACACAUAUAUUAUCAUAAUCUGGAGAAGAGGGAGGGGAAUUCCCCAGCCCCGACCCUCACUAAGAGUCUGUCAGCUAACUCAGGAUUGUGAGCUGAGGUAUUCCCCUGGGGAGAACUGCGGACUACGAGCCGUCACAAGGUUUAGAUCCUGGAGACUCUACCAGCGACAUUCAUCACAACUUCCUGUCUGUCAGCCAUCUGAUUAUCAGGGGGCCUCAUGGUUUGUGCCUUGUGAAGACUGUAAAGACCCCCACUCCUGUCACUGGGGGAGUGCAGCAUGGCAGACAAACAUUUGUCAGACUAAGCUUCUGAAUGACCUAGAAAUUAGUUCCUGUUUUAAAGGAAGAAAAGUGCUUUUUAUCGGAGACUCCACAAAUCGGGGAAUCAUGCAUUAUAUCCUGGAGAAGAUAAAUGGUUCUCUAACAGAAUGGGACAAAACUCAUAAUCUUAAGCUCUACAAAAGCAUAAAUGGAAAUCAAACGGAUCUGAGCUUUUCAUAUUACCCGCAAUUCUGGUUACCAACCAAUCACAGACCAGCAUUUGACAAGGCAGUAUUCCAGCUGAUCAAAUGGACCCAGCCAUUACGAGAUGACAACAGCACAGUGCUGGUUGUCGGGGGUGUUCAUUGGUUGGCAAGACAUCAUCUGGAUCUCAUCAUCAAAGCUUUAAAGAGAGAAAAUUUAUCUAACAUCAAGCUCAUUGUGAAAGGACUGGGUUCAGGAUUCCACCAACAUGUUAAUGGUGUUCAUUAUCUACCACAGACUGACAUACAGAAACUUGUACUGAGAGAAAGAGAACUAGAAAAACAUAGCAGGAAGCUAGGGUUUGAAUUCAUCAAAACAUUUAAUAUGACAAUGGCCAGAUUCAAAGACUUUCUACAGGGAAAAUGCGCCUGUCAUUUCCAUAAGCUUUCAGAAGUCAAGGAUGCUGGCUCAGAGAAAACAGUUUACCAUGUUCAGGGUGAAAUAAAUGAAGUCUACUCACAAAUGGUUAUCAAUAGCAUAUGUAGAAAUGGAACUUAUGGAAAAACAACAAGAUAUAGUAUUGAUUUUACCUGAAGCUGAAGAAAUCAGUUCUGUUUUGCAUGAAACAGGCAAUGUCCUCAUUAAAAAAAAACAUUAAAGGAGUCUUAUGACAGGGGUUUUAUGUCUGAAAACUACCUUUUUGCUGGUUUUUUUUUUGCAGAAUAUUAUAGUUUCAGCAUUAUAAAAGAUCAAAGCUAAUUUGAACUCACACUGAUAAUUGGUAUAGAUUGAACAUCAAGGAAUCUGCUGUCAAAGUUAUAUCUUUUUAUAGACUAUAAAAUUAUGUUCUAAAACUAUAAAAUUGUGUUCUAAAACUAUAAAUUGUGUUCUUAAAAAUUCAGAAAUUGAACUAUGCUACUGUUUUUUUACAUUUACUAUUGUUUUGUAAUACUGGAUAUUUCAGGUGUUAUCAAAGUGUUAUUUAUCUAUAUAAUGUAAAUUGUUACAGAAACCACUGUUUUAACCUCAUUUACAAUUGUUAUAAUUUAUUAUAAGAAUUUAAUAAAUGUUUUUGGAAAACUCA